UGCUGGCCCUUUAAGAGGAGGCGGGAGGAGGCCGGAGCAUCUCGGCUGCGGUGUUUUUGUCUCUGUCAGUGAGCUGCUGGGCCAAGAAGGAGGAGAGGACGCGUGUGAGGAGCAGGUGUCGGCUGUGAGCGAGAAGGAAGUGAGACCGAGAGGACAGCGGCGAGGAGGAGGAGGAGCGGACCCUCGCGGCCUCACAGUGGAAGCAGCUGAUCGUGUUUCCUUCUCUCCACAGGUGAGUGUCUGUCGGAUCAGCAGCCGAGAGGUCACCAUGGCUCAAGUGCUGCACAUGGACCCUGGCUUUCCAGGGAAACUGAACCCGCCUGCUCCCCCAUCCCUUCACGGGAAAGAGCAGGAGGCUCCAUACUCAGUGGAGACCCCCUACGGCUACCGUCUGGACCUGGACUUCCUCAAGUAUGUCAACGACAUAGAGAAGGGGAACACCAUGAAGAAGGUGUCGGUGCAACGCCGGCCUCGCUACGGUUCCCUGCCCCGCGGUUACGGCUACACCGGCUCCUGGUGGACCUCGACGGAGUCCCUGUGCUCUAACACCAGCAUGGACAGUCGGCACUCCUCCUUCUCCUACUGCGCUCCGGGCUUCCACACGCUGCAGAGACCCAGCUUCAGCUCCGCCCGGGUGGAGAAGACCUUGCUGGACGCUCGCAGGAAGCUGGAGGAGGAGCGAGAAGGUCGGCGGUUCUCUAAUCUGGGCAGCAUGCACAGCAGCGUUGCCGGGUCCAACACCUCCAUAAGCAGCGCCCAGAGCUUCAACCGCUCGCAAGGCGGAGCCGGGACCUUCACCCCCAUGAGCUCAGGUCUCUCCACUCCAGUGACGCCAACUCCGGCCCACCUGCAGCACGUGAGGGAGCAGAUGGCGGCGGCUCUCAGGAAGAUCCGAGACCUAGAAGAGCAGGUGAAAACCAUUCCAGUCCUUCAGGUGAAGAUCUCUGUGCUCCAGGAGGAGAAAAGGCAGCUGAGUGUACAACUGAAGAGCCAGAAGUUUCUGGGACACACCAUGGGCUUCACUCGAGGUCGCAACAGAGGGGAGCUCUACAUUGACAUCCCCGAAGAGGAGGCGGGCUCCGGAGACAAGAGCAGCAACAAGCCCUCGGAUCCGCUGUCCCCCACCUCGCCGGAGGGAACCAAACAGGACUCUGGCUGUGAAAUCGAGGACACGGUGAUAGUCGGCGGAGCCCGGCCGGACUCAAAGAGGGAGGUGAGGACGAUCGGAGUCGGACCGGAGAGCGAAAGAAGCUGCCGUCAAGUAGGCGUCGGGGUGCGGGAGGAGGACCUGGGUCUGCCGCCGGAAACAGAGGUGCUGAAGAACCAGGUGGGUCAACUGGAGGGCAAACUGAGGCAAAUGAUGGAAGAGCUGCAGGCGGCACAGCUGCAGGCGGCCACAGUCCAGAAGACCCCACAGGCGGACCACCCGGUGAUCGCCACCAGCAUGGGCUGGCAGGAGCUGCAGGACAGCAGCCUGCAGACGCUGGUCAGCUUCACCCAGACGUCCACACAGAGGGAGCAGAGAACCGUGGGGAUCCAGGUCUACACGCUGGAGCAGCCCACCGUGGUUGAGGUGGGCACGCUGCUGCGAGCGGUGGGCUGCAGCCCCCCUGCGGUGACCGAGGGGUCCUGCAGAGCACAAACAGAAGAAAGCCCGGUGGAGUUGCCCAUCGCUGUCAGCUCCAAGCAGGUGCGGGACGUCCUGAAGAGCGAGCUGUCCACUUCUGUCCCUGUAGCUAACCCAGCCAUCGCGGUGAGCACUCGGGUCGCGCAGAUCAGCACGGUCCUUUCUAAGGAUCCAGAGGUUCACAUGGACAGAACUACAGAGGGUCUUCAGUCGCAGGAAGAAACCAAAACAGCCUCGUCCCCACAGUCGUCCCUGAGGUCCAUCAUGAAGCGGAAAGCAGAAGGUGAACCAGGUUCUCCUUCCACGAAGAAGAACUUGCAGUUCAUCGGUGUUAACGGGGGCUAUGAGUCGACGUCUUCAGACGACAGCAGCAGCGAAAGUUCCGACGAGGAAAGCGACUCCAGUGAAUAUCAUGAAGCUAGAGAGAAGUUACCGGAAUCUGCAGCACAGCACCAGCAACUUUCACAGCUCACCACAUCGCCUCCAACAGAGGGCAGCGUCACGUCUCAGUCCCCCACCGUUCCAGCGACAGCACUGCCAGAGACUUCCACAGCCACUAUUUCACAACAAUGUGCCUCAACACAUCAGGAGUCUCCCGCCGAGGCAGUCAGCCAAACCUUGGCCGCUGCAGAGACGUCGUCCAUCACAGAACCGGUCCGUACCGAAAGGCAGUCCGACACUAGCGCCCCCUCCAGUCAGACUGAGACCAGGACUGCAGGAGAGAGUGUAACUCACCAGACUGCACCUCCCAAACCUGCAAGAGCGGAGCUGAGUGACAGUCUGAUGUCAGCACUCCAUGCCCUGCAGAGAGCCCUGGGAGAGCCCAACGCUUUCAGCCAGCAAGGAGCGAGGUCGGCGUACACCAGCGUGCUGCAGGAGUGGCUGCGUGUUUCCUGCCACAAAUUGGCCGACGUUUCUGUGGUGAAGACCUACAUGGACACCUUCGCCUCCGUCUCGCCGCAGCUGCUGGAGUUUGUCAUCAACAUGGCAGACGGCAACGGGAACACGGCGCUGCACUACACCGUCUCACACUCCAACUUCCCUGUGGUAAAGCUGCUGCUGGACACGGGUCUGUGCAACGCUGACAAACAGAACAAGGCGGGCUACACAGCCAUCAUGCUCACAGCUCUGGCUGCCUUUCACUCAGACAGCGACCUCCAAACGGUCCUGCAGCUGCUGCGCACUGGGGACGUCAACGCCAAGGCGAGCCAGGCGGGUCAGACGGCGCUGAUGCUGGCGGUCAGCCACGGUCGAGCAGAUAUGGUCAGAGCGCUGCUGUCCUGCGGCGCUCAGGUCAACAUCCGGGACGACGACGGCUCCACGGCGCUCAUGUGCGCCUGUGAACACGGCCACGUGGACAUCGUUCGCCAGCUCCUCUCCGUGCCAGGCUGCGACGCCACUCUGACCGACAACGACGGCAGCACGGCGCUGUCCAUCGCCUUGGAAGCCAGCCAGAACGACAUCGCCGUCCUCCUCUACGCUCACCUCAACUUUGCCAAGCCGCCUUCUCCUGUGUCGCCCAAGUCUCCCCUCCUGGGUUCUUCUCCUCCAGCCGGAGAGAUCAAAUGAACGACUGCAGCUCCAUGGCCGAACACAUGAACAGCAGCGAUGUGUGUCUCACUCUGUAUUAUUUAAGUGUGUAUACAUGUGCAGAUGACCUUUGUUUUUAACGUGGUACAAUCCUGAAGACUGUUCCAGUCUUGCAAUAAUCCAGCUUUUAACACUGUUUUUUCCACUUUGUUGUUGUACACUUGUGGUGUUACUUUAUACGCUCUGCGUACAGCCUAUUUUUGGAGUCCUCUUUCAAUCCAAGUGUCCUUGAACGCAUCAACUAGCUCACCGAUACGGUUACCAAGCCACCGCCUCAACAGUGCGUCGGAGCACAAGGUGAUUCACGGAAUACUAUUUUUGAUAUUAGUUUUUUUAUUCGUUUGAGUAAACACAAGGAUUUCUUUGUUCACUGUUGUUAAUAUCUUUGAUGGAACCCUGCCCCCCAAAACUCUCAAAGAUGCGCCUAACUUCCUAGAAUUGAAGUGGCUAUGCAGGUACAAAGGUGAGCGACGUGAUCAUGUUUUAUCAGUUUUUAAUCUUUGGUACUUUUUCUAUCAGAAGGAAGUGAUAAAGGUGAGGUGGGGUCAAAACUGCAGGUCUGCUGACACUCGGGAACCAAGCAAGUGCUUCGAAAUGUAAGAUAGGAAAAAUCAAAAUAAUAUAUGUCAACGUCGGGGGAACACACGUGGCUAGUGAUGUCGAAAUUUGUAUUGCUUCUGAAACGUGUCCUAUUCACUUUGAAGUACCUGAAUUUUAUAGACAUUUUGUAUGAUUAUUUAAUCCUAUAUCUUUUUUAUACAUGUAGAUUUUUCACUCCUUUAUGUAACUGCACAGCUCUUUUGACUUGUUACGGUUCUGUAUGAUUUAAAAAAAUGUUUCUUUACUUUUCUAAUGUGUGCGUUGAAAUAAAUAAACAAUGUAACAAGA